CGGUGCGGAAAUCGAUUCGUGGCCAUCUCUGGGUAAACUUGCCAAGCUCGACACGCCAAAUGUUAGCGAAAAGUUGUGUCUCAGUUCUGUAUUCGCCAGCGAAAACAGCAGCAGCAACUGGUGGCAGCUCGCUUCUCCGGAGACUUUGCGGCACUCAGAAGAAAGAAACCACAGCGAAAAAGCACAAAAUGGUGGUGCGAUUAAACGAACAGGAGCGUGCUGAGAAGCUGCAACCACUGCUGGACUGCGGCUGGACCCUGGUCGAGGGCCGCGAUGCCAUCUUCAAACAGUACGUCCUCAAGGAUUUCAACCAGGCAUUCGCCUUCAUGACUGGCGUUGCCCUGCUGGCCGAGAAGAUUAACCAUCAUCCCGAGUGGUUCAACGUCUACAACAAGGUGGACGUCACACUUUCCACACACGACGUUGGCGGCCUCAGUUCGCAGGACAUUCGCAUGGCCAACUAUCUGGAGACCCAGGCCAAUUUGUUGAAAUAAAUAAAAAAUUAUUGUUGAGUUAG